UAGUCGAAGCAUCAGAAGUAGUAUCCUAUGUCACGAUGUCUAAAUCAUACGUUACCAUCGUUUUCACCGUCCUCUGUCUUUUUAAUUCCGUAUCUUCAUCAUUUACUCCUUGUCCACUCUUAGGACCAGCAUUCCCAGCAUUCACGCUCGACAAGAACUCGUCAAUACUGUCAUCUGCCCUGGCCAACCUCACCAAGACAUUUGAUGAGCAAAAUAGCCAAGGGUCCGGUUCCCACGGAGAUGUCUCUCCCAAUACCACCUCGUUCAGUGUGUCGCUUUUCUCCACCAACCAGGGAACUGCGAGCGAGAGUCCAUUCUUCUUCGAUUAUCAUUACACUGCCCCUUCGUUGAAGAACUCAUCCGGUGAAAGUCAACAUGCGAAUCGGGACAGCAUUUACCGCAUCGGUGGACUUACCCAGAUCUUCACUGUCUGGACUAGUCUUAUUGAGGAAGGGGACACCAUCUGGAACGAACCCAUAACGAAGUAUCUCCCUGAACUAGGCGCAACUAAGAAGGGUGCGAACGCGAAGCAGGAUCCUGUUCGGUAUGUGGAUUGGGAAGACAUUACUGUGGGCCAAGUAGCCAGUCAUAUGGCAGGCCUUCCUCGGGACUUUGCCCCGCCAGGAGUAACCCCGAUCUACUCCAACGUUGGAUUCCAAAUCCUAGGCUACAUCAUGGAGAGGGUCACAGGCCGGCCAUUCACCGACGUUCUCGAAAGUCGCAUCCUCCAGCCACUUUCCCUCGGCAAAACAAGCCUACACACCCCUUCCCACAAUUCAUCCGGAAUCAUCCCAACAGACCCCAAAAGCAGCGGCUGGUCCACCCAAUAUGGAGGAGAAGCACCAGCCCUAUCAAUGUAUUCGACAAUCACCGACCUCUCCACCGCCGGAAAGGCAAUCCUGAACUCAACCCUCCUACCCCAAGCCCAAACAGAUCGCUGGCUCAAACCAGUCACCCACACAUCCAAUCCAGCUAACUCCCUCGGGUACCCAUGGAUUAUCUACAGCAGUGGUGACUACCCCAACACUUCAAUGGUAGACAUCUAUACCUAUUACAGCAGCAUCGGCCAGUACAGCUCUUACAUCGGUCUCGUGCCAGACUACAAUGUCGGCUUCACCGUUCUGGCAACUGAUAGCACCUCGGCGCCAGACUUGAACGCGCAUGCGGAUAUCAUCGGUGAUGCCAUCUUACCUGCAUUGAUGAAGGUAGCUGUUAAGCAGGCGGGCGCUCAGUUCGGCGGCCAGUAUACCACUUCUGCUGGGCUUAAUUCCUCGAUCACGGUCUCUGUUGAUGAGUUGCCUGGGAUAUUCGUCGAGAGGUUCGUCAGCAAUGGGACAGAUUUCAGGGAAACCUUGGCUUCGUUGAUUGGAAUUGAGGAUCCUAACGCGUUGAGUAUCCGGUUAUACCCGACUGGACUGGUCUCAAAGACCGGAUCGGGUUGUUCCAGAGUGGUGUUCAGGGCCGUUUUGCAGGAUAAAAAUGAGCUUGCUGAUGCUGGGACACCGACUUGUGUUUCAUGGAUGGAUGUGGAUAAGUUGAAGUACCAGGAUCGUGCGCUGGACUCGUUUGUUUUUGAGGUGGAUGGCGAUGGAAAUGCUGUUGGGAUUGAGGUCUCGGCUUUGGAGCUGCACUUGAAAAAGGUUAAGUAG